AUGAUGACGACCCAGCAGCAGAGCGCCGAUCAAGUCAAGUCGUACGCGUAUCCGCUCGGACCACCUUCGGUCGACAUUCCCCACACGGCCGCCUCUGUCGCUCCCUGUAAGUCCGAGCCGACUGCUGUCUUAUCGGACGCACGCGCAGGCGCGACGGGUGGCAGCAGUACGGACAGUAGCAGCAGCACAACGGCGCUACCAGACCGGAAGCGCAAAGAGCCGGCGAGUCCCAGCGAUCGGUUUGACGCCGAUGGACGCGCAGAAGCGGUGGACAAGCAGCAGCAGCUGCAGCCGUCCAAGAAGUCGCGUCGGGAGCUGCCGCCGCACACUGUUGCGAUCCUCAAGGGCUGGAUGCUCUCUCGCGAGCACGUGAAGCACCCGUACCCGACGGACGAGGACAAGCAAGUGCUGCUGAAAAAGACGGGCAUCAGCAUGAAGCAGCUCACGAACUGGUUUACGAACGCACGGAAACGCAUUUGGAAGCCUAUGAUGCGGCGUGAACAUUCCCGCCAGAUGCAGUCGGCGAUCGACUUUGACCACACGGCAGUGCGCGAGUUCCCUGGCUCGGGACUUUGUCAGCAGUACGCACAGAGCAGCUAUGCUCCUCGCUCGGCGGUGCGGCACUCGUUUGACGUGGGAAGCUUGGGUGCACCUCCUCACAUGGCAGCUGCAGCUGCAUUUGACCGGUGCGCGCGACCGCAAGCUAUCCCGGUGGAUGCACCCAUGUACCCGAUACGCGCAAUGCGUUCUAUGUCGGAGGCGCCAACAAGGACCGAGGUUGAUGGCUAUGUCGAGCCUGAACGGAUCCGAGAGCGAGAAUUGGAGCGCGGCCGUGUUGGCUGUGCACCUCGCAAUAGUCUGUCACCGCGCGGGCACAAGAUUUUGCAAGAGUGGGUGACUGCAAACGCACAGCGUGAGUACUCGUAUCCGAACGACGCGGAGCGAUUGCAGCUUGCACGAGAUACGGGGCUUGACGUGUUGCAAGUGGACGAGUGGGUGACGAGUCUUCGUGAGCAAAUGGGUAUUCGAGGUGCUUCUAUUCGGUCUGCUGGACACGCGUUGUUUCCGCUCAAACCUGCCGUGUACGGUGAGCGGCGAUCGAUUCCGACCAGCGGAAACUCCAUGUUUCCGCCACGGCAGACCAUUUCCGGCUCGUUGCGAUCAUCGGUUCCGUCUGUGGGCAACCCGCAGUUCCCUCCGCCUCCAGUGCGUCGAGAGGUUUGCGACAGCCAAUUCGCGGCGUUUCCGUCAGCUGCGUCGAAUUGUCCAGGCCACGAGACAUCGCGAGUGCGUUCCAUGACAAUCAGCACGAGCCCCUACUUGCUUCCUCCCUCAUCGUCCGGCUCUGCGGGCGUCGACACUCAAGGUCAGACUGCCGAAAGCGCUUUGCCUUCGCUUGCCAGUCGGAGUUUGAUGGGUCGGCCACCACCUAUUGUCACGUGCAAUGGCCCCACUAUGGGCCAGCCGCGCGACAGCAGAUCGCGCACACUCGACAUGGGUCAGUUUGCCAAUGCGCGCAGGCGAAAGAUGACCUUCCAGGACAUUUUGGCGUCGUCGAGCGGGCCUGCCGCUGGUGCCGUGCCGGCGGCUGCCACGUCUAGUGCUUUACCGCAGACGACCAGUGUUGUUGUUGCGAGCAUCCACAAUAUGGCAAACGUCUACCCGAACAACGGUGUGCCGUCGAUCACAGCGUACCCAGGCGCCGCAUCCAGUGGGUUCCAGCCGAAGCAUCCGUCGUCGUCGUCGAGCGAGCAGCAGUCUGGUCGUCGUAUAGUAUGA